AUGGCAACUCCAGAUCUACCCAUUGUACUCUUUCACUACGUGGGCUCGCCUUAUGCGCGACGCCUUGUCUGGUAUCUUGCUCUACGACAGAUCCCAUACACGGAAUGCAUGCAACCUCCAAUGCUCCCAAGACCAGAUUUGGCAGCCCUGGGUAUUGCCUAUCGGCGCAUCCCCUUGAUGAGCAUCGGGAGGGACGUAUACGCAGACACGCGCAUCAUCUUGUCCAAGUUGGAGGAGCUCUACCCGACUUCGGACGCACACCCAGCCAUCUCGGCCUCGACAGCCGAGGGGCGGGCCAUUGAGCAGCUGAUCUCGCGUGCCUGGACCGACGGGGGUAUCUUCACGGCGGCGGCGGGCUCCAUGCCGAGCAACGCCCCGCUUCUCAAGGACCCCAAGUUCGCAUCGGACCGGGCAGAUCUGGUCGGACUACCCGACGGGGCGCCGUCGCCGUUUACGCGCGAGGCUCUCGAGGCCCGCCGCCCAGACUCCCUCAGCAUGGUCCGCGAUGGCAUCGAGCUGCUCGAGACCACGCUGCUGGCCGACGGGCGCGACUGGGUCCUGGGCUCUGCGGGCCCCAGCCUCGCCGAUAUCGAGGCCGUCUUCCCGUUCAUCUGGCUUGCGGGUCUCCCCGGAGCGCUGCCCGCCGACGUAAUCGGCCCUUCCCGGUACCCCAAGGUCUUUGCCUGGAUCGACCGGUUCGGCAAGGUCACGGCGGCCAAGGGCGCCGCCGGGAAGCCCAAGGCAGUCACGGGCGACGAGGCGGCCAAGAUCAUCACCGGGUCUGGGUUUGCGGAAAGCGAUGAGACUGUGGAUGAGAGCGAGGUGGUUGUCCAGGCGCAGGGCCUCAAGGCGGGCGACGAUGUGCGGGUGUGGCCGUCAGACUAUGGCUCUAAGCACAAGGACGCGGGGAAGCUGGUCGCCAUUACCAGCAAGCAGAUUGUUAUUGAGACACAGGGUCCGGCUGGUAAAGUGAGGCUUCACGCUCCCCGCCAUGGAUUCAAGAUUGCCAAGGCAGUCCAGGGCAAGUUGUGA